UACCAAAUUUCUGAGCGCACCCUAACAGCUGAUAACAACUGUCAUCAGAAGAAUGACAACAUUUGACUUUUGUGACAAAGUGAAAAAUUCUGCGUACAUAAGGAGCUGAGGAAGAUUACUUUCAAAAUUAAAAUUCUAAAUUCGUAAAUAUAUAUUUUUGCAUCGAAGAAUGUCAGUACUGCGUCAAUGUGGCGCUGCCAUUGGCAGGCAGUUCAUAAGUGCCAGCCGUCUGGCUCCAGGAACAACGACGACAUUUUUACAAAACAGACACCAACCUUGGGCGCUCGCUGCACAACAAUCGGAAAACCCCAAUACAAGAGGACACAAGAAGUUUGGUCACGCAAAAGAACCAACUCCCUCGCUUACCAAGUACUUCCACUUGGUUAUUGGUUCGCUCUUCAUUAUCUGCAUGGUCGAUUUCAGGAAAAUAAAGAAAUAUCUAAUGCCCAAAGUCGAUGCGGAUGCUAGCCAAGAAGAGCCUCAAAAGUCUCAACAGGAAAAACUUGGCCAAUCAGCAAACGAAAGCGAAGGUGAUUCUGGUGAAUCUGAAGAUGAGAGCCAAAUAAAUGAUGAAGCAGCAAAGAAAUCCAAAAAAGAAAAAUUCGGUUUUCGUGAUCGAAAGAUAAUCGAGUAUGAAAAUCGCAUUCGACAAUUUUCAACGCCAGAUAAAGUUUUUCGUUACUUUGCCACGAUUCAAGUUCCAACCAUAGACGAUCGUUAUGAGGUGUUUAUGACUCCAAGCGAUUUUCUAACAAGCAUGACACCGGGCAUAAAACAACCAGAGGGUCUUGGUUUAGAUCAAUUCCGUCGCUACGACCCAAAGUCGGUAACAGAACGUUUGGAUUUGAAUCUGGAAAAGGACAGUAUUUUCUAUAAGCUGGGAUCUUCUGGUUUGAUUACAUUUUCGGACUAUAUAUUUCUUUUGACUGUUUUAUCAACUUCCAGGCGCCAUUUUGAGAUAGCUUUUAGGAUGUUUGACUUGAACGGUGACGGUGAUGUGGACUCGGAGGAAUUUGAAAAGGUUGCUACCCUCAUACGUCAGCAGACGAGUAUAGGUAACCGACAUCGAGAUCAUUCCCAUACUGGAAGCACAUUUAAGGGCGUCAAUUCGGCAUUGACAACCUAUUUCUUCGGUCGGAAUAUGAACAAAAAACUGACAAUUGAAAAGUUUUUGGACUUUCAAAGACAACUGCAACGUGAAAUGCUGUCUUUGGAGUUUGAAAGAAAAAAACCAGACGAAAAUGGAAUGAUAAGUGAAGCAGAUUUCGCGGAGCUGAUGAUAGCCUAUGCCGGGUAUUCUGAUAAAAAGAAGCAAAAGAAGGUUAAACGAGUGAAGCGUCGAUUCCGUGACCAUGGAAAGGGCAUUUCCAAGACAGAUUAUCUAGACUUUUUCCACUUUUUGAAUAAUAUUAAUGACGUUGAUACGGCUUUGACAUUUUACCACAUUGCGGGUGCUUCUAUUGAUCCAGCAACCUUAAAGCACGUUGCUAAAACUGUAGCUAUGGUGAAUUUAUCGGACCAUGUUAUUGAUGUUGUGUUUACUAUUUUUGAUGAAAACAUGGACGGACAGUUGAGCAACAAAGAAUUUGUCUCGGUAAUGAAAAAUCGCAUCUUAAGAGGAUUGGAAAAACCUAAAGACACUGGAUUUGUUAAGCUAAUGUAUUCGAUUUUAAAAUGUGCCAACGAAUCUAAACCUGUCCUCUUGGAUAUUUAAACACCAAUUAACCUUAAAUGCAUUUCUAGCUAGUAAUAUAAUUAAUAUUAAUUUUUAAGCUCCUCGAAUAAUUCUUUGAUGUUUAUUUUAAAAAAGAAAACACAUGCAAAAGUAUUUCAGAAUGCUAUGUAUUUGAUAA